AAGCUGUCGAACGACGGUGAGGAUUUUGUUGGUAGGCAGACGAGAAGGUGAAGGCCGUUUGGAAGGCUGCGAGGCUCCAGGUUACUGUUUUCUUCAAAAUUGGAACAUCCUGAGGUGAAGUUUAUCUAUUUAUUUUCAUAAGCCCCAUGCACACAGGUGUUGAGAACAUCGCCUGCGGAAGGCAAAAACAGAAGAGAGGCCAAGUAAAAGAGAUACAGAGAGAAGGAAGGGGAAGAAGAAAAAAAACAGAGAUCUUUGGAACCAAAAGGGUCCUCGGGAAGGCGCAAGGCACGACGGUCUGGUCUUGCCCGUACCGCCUAUCGUCAAGGACGUCAAGGACGGCAUCUCACCACCCACCUCGAUCCGGUCCCGCCUCUCUCUCACCUCCAACCCUCCCGUCUUUUGACCUUUCCACCUCCCGCCUCCCACCUCCCGUCUCAUUACUCGGCGCAAUCCCAUAUUUCACCACCUCACCUCCUACGGCGAAUAUCGAUUUCCCUCCGAACAUCACGCGCUUCCAGAGUCUCGGUCAGACCAUCAACAUUAGAUCACUCGCACCUUCUUCGUUGCGCAUCAAGGAGGCAAAUCCAAGACAAAAAGGUCCGCAGUGACACCUUCGUCCCGCAGGUAAGUACGAUGCACUUUGUUGUCAUGUUUUCUUCUCCUUUUCAUUUCGAGGCUUGGUGGCGCUUCCAUUUUGUAUUAUUCUUCACGAAUAGCCUCUUUGGUUGCUCAUUUACCCUGAACCUUCCUUCCUACUCGACCCAAUCCGUCCCCGGGGACUCAUUUACAAGCUUUGUCG